GAUGAAUACAAUUUAUCUGAUAAUGGCAGGAAAGGUAAACUGGUUCUUGGGCAUAAAAACAGCAGCUUUUUUUUCGUUAUAUUAGGAAUUUUGAUAUGAAAGAGAAGAAUCAUUUACGGUCAGGUCGAUGUCGUUUUCGAAUUUUAGUUUAUUUUGUUGCGUGAAUUCAGAGCGUGUGUACCAUAGUGAUUCCGAAAUAAAUGUGAAAAAUUUGUUCCAUUCUUCGUUGAAAUGGAAUAAAAUUGGUGGUCGAAAACGGUAUAAACUACGAGAUUAUCAAAGGUUCAAGGGAGACAAUCAUUGUGGUCGAUUAUCACCACAAAACACUACUUGCGGAACAUACUAUUAAGGUGUUCAUUGCUGUCUCUAUUGUACGAAAAUGGCCACAAGUACAAAACCAUCCGAAUUACCUCUUUCACGAAAGUUAAAGAUUUUAACGACCGCAGCGAUUUUCUUAGGAAAUGUUGCAUUCGGAUGCAGCACCACUUCAUUGUGUUCCAUUCUGGAGAACAUGAGAUUGAAGUAUGACACAACGAUCGAAGAUAUUUCUGUUGUUCUCACCGUCACGACAGUCCUGUACUGCCUUGGAGCCAUUGCAUGCGGACUCGUUUCAAAGCACAUCAAUCGACAGCUGAUUGCCAUUGGAAGUUUAAUGGCAUUGGCAUUCGGUCAUUAUAUGGCACCGCAUUGUCCCACGAAACUGGUAUUUUUCGUCGUUGGCGGUGUGGUCGGAACGUCGUUAGGAUUUUAUGAUUCGACACAGCUUGUGUGGAUCAUAGAAAUAUGGCAGGAAGCGUCUGGCCCAUUCAUACAGACUCAGCAUUUUUGCUAUGCUGUGGGCACGAUUAUUUCACCAUUGGUUGUAGCACCAUUCCUGAAAACCGACAAUAAUGAAUCGAACGCAACCGCAGUGUCCAACACACCGAGUGAGGAACAAAGCGAGUCCAGACUCUACAUACCAUUUUCGAUUCUUGGCGCUUUCAUUUCCUUGGCUUUUGCUUUUCAAAUAUUUCUGUUCGUGUUCUACCGGUACCGAACGCCUCCAAUGUAUGCCGAUGAAAAUUUUAAGCCAAUCGACGAUGCUAACAACAUUAUGAUGGAAAUGGAACAUAACAGACGGGAAAUUGAUCUUACCAAUCACCGAGAAAGCAACGCAACAUUUGGUGGAAUGAAUGUGAGAAGAGCGAAAUUGAUUGCAGUGACCACGAUCUUCAUUGGCUUAUAUCUGGCGAUGGAGGUAUCGACGAUGCAAUUUAUACAAAUUUUCGGUCAAUACAGUGACCUGAAGAUGACUCAAUCGGCUUCUGCGUAUGUUCUGACCGCACUGACUGUCAUGUUCGCGAUCGGAAGAGGAAUCGGAAUUGUAAUCAUCUUCAAAAUCCGACCAGAAUUGAUAAUUUGCUUGAAUCUGUUCCUCAUUGCUGUGGCAAAUUUAAUACUUUUGGUGUGGGCCAAUGGAAGUCUGUCCAUGUUUUGGACGGCAAGCAUUCUACUUGGCAUUGGUCAGUCUACAACGUAUCCCAGUUUUUGUGCGUUUAUGGAGAAAUAUCUGGUGUUCACCAGUGGGAUUGCAUCGCUGGUUGUGGUUGUCGCUACGAUCGGUGGGGCUGUGUAUCCGUUGAUCAUUGGCAGCAUCAUCGAGAAAAAUGUUAUCGUCUUAACCUACACGAAUUAUUUCAGUGUGAUCGUGUGUGUGAUUGUAAUGGCAGUGGGCUAUAAAUGGACACGAAAUAGUAAAAAUCGGGCGCGAUGAUCUGAGUUCGUUCGAGAACAUUCAAUUGGAAUGAAUAAAGUUACUUGUUCUGAUGAGCA